GGAGUUAGGGAGGUGCUCGUGGGCUGAGCUGGGGGGAUUCGCUGGGGGUUGCUGGGAUUUUCCGGUCUCCAGAACUGCGGAGCCCGCUUUGCUGGGCGGUUGACGUUGACUCGAGCACGGUGAUCAGAAAGCAUGGGGAUCCAGGAGAACCGACAGCACAAUUAGCAUCCUCCUAGAGGAGCUCAGGAAAAAGAUGAGUGAUAUUCGGCCCAAAAUGGAAGUGUGUCCUUAUUGUAAGAAGCCAUUUAAACGAUUAAAGUCCCAUUUGCCAUACUGUAAGAUGAUAGGACCAACCAUUCCUACUGAUCAAAAAGUUUCUCAGUUGAAGCCAUCUACCCAUCCACAUGCUAAAAAAGUGAAGGAGCUGAUCAGAGACUUGACUGAACCUAAAGGGAAAGAAUUUAAGACAAAGAAUGAGGAAAGAAAUACCAAAUUGAGACUGCACAAACCAAGACAAACAAUUGCUUCCUGUCCACAACCAGCUGUUGGCUUGGAAAGAGCAAGUACUACAAAGACAGAUACAGACAUCAAAGAUCAAAAUCAGUUUGCCUUCAAAAUGUUACAACAUACUGAACCAAAGAUUACUUCCCAAGGGGAAACUAAAGCUCAGUUUUAUGCAUCAAAUGACAAUUCUAAACGAGAACUUGCCAAAGAUAUGCCUGAAUCAGAGGAAAGUAGGUAUAAUCCUUCAGAAACAGAAGCAUUGUUACUGGCUGACUCAGUGGGACCUUCUCUGUUGAAUCAAGAUAGGAAAUAUUCCUCAGCUGUACCUAAUAAUGCACAAGCCACGUCUGCAAAUUUGAAAGUGGACACAGUUGACCCCCAAAGACAGGGGCUUCUAGUAAAACCACUAGAUAUGCCUACUGGUGAUAGCCAUCAGUCUCCAAGGAAUCUCACUCAUAGGGCUCAAAAAAUAACAGUAGCAGUGUUAAGCAAGGAGAGAGAUUCCAAAGGUAGAGAUCACCUCUCAGGAAUCUUCACUGGUGUUGAAGACACUGAGACUCGGGAAAAGAACUCAGAAUCACUCAUGGUAGGCCCUCACAUGAGCCCGUUAGCUAAAACCCGAGUUGAGAAGAGUAAAGAAAAAGGACUUGGGCUUGGAGUAGAGAGGUGUGGGAGCAAAGGAAAUGCAGAGAAAAAUAGAACUGAAACAGAGACGCAGAAGUGGGAUUCUGUCAGCCAUAGCUCUAAGAACGGCAGCUCUGGUGAUUCAGCCACAGAAGAGAAAUUGAAAGAUGAAGGUCCACUUUUACAUUUGUUCAGUCCACCUGAGGCAGCUUACAGUGAGUUUCUUCCUGCAUUGCAGUCAGAUAAUCGAAGUCUUUCCUCUCUGGCUACAGCAUCUCUUCAAGAAGAGAAAGCAGAAUUCUGUAGUCAUAACCAAGUUCCACUAAGGGAAAGUAAGGAACAAGGGUCUCUGGAGCUCAAAUCUGGCUGUCAGCCCAAGACUUUACGUACUAGGUACCAGCAAUCUACGUAUUCUGCCCAGCAUUACCUUUCUAAAAGCGCCUUUGUUAAUGAUGGUGCCAUAGACAGAAAGACUCUUCCCAGCUCCAUGGGGCUGGAGUGGUUUCCAGAGCUUUAUUCUGGCUAUCUUGGACUAGGAAUAUUGGCAGGGAAGCCUCAGUAUUGGCCUUCAAUGGCCCAGAAGCGUCAGCUCAGCGGUCCUCAGUGGGGAAGUUUCUCACAAGGCUGGGUCCGGUGCAACACCACCAUAAAGAAGAGUGGAGUUGGCGGCAUCACGAUGCUCUUUACUGGGUACUUCAUCCUGUGCUGUAGCUGGAGCUUCAAGCAUCUGAGGCGGCAGCUUGAACUCUUGAGCAAGUCUUCCCGCAGUGUGCCUAGAAAGUCAGCGUGAGUUCCAUGCCGGCAAUCCAGUCUGCCAUCCCAUCAACCUGUGGAAGAGUUAUGACGGUCCUCAGGCCAUCUUCGUCCUCAACAAGAUUGGUGCUAAAAGUUAGAAAUGUUGUAGGAGGCUGAGGCUCACAAGUUUGCGCCCACCCUGGGCCACUUGGCAAGACCCUGUCCCCAAAUCUUCAGAAGGAGCCGGGGAUACAGCUCAAUGGCCCGGCACCUGCCUGGCAAGUGCAAGGUUCUGAGUUUGAUUCCUGGUACAAAAAAAAUUUUUCUUCAAAAAAGAGAAACAAAGGAAGACAGCAUGCCUUAGCCUCCAGCUGAAACUUACAUGCAAAUGGAUGAACCUACUUUUGCUUAGUCCUGAGUAAUACUUGAAAUACCGAGAUUACAGGGAAACUUUUUCUAAACAUUAAGAUACUCAGCUAUUAGACCGGUGCCAUGGCACAGGCCGUAAUCCCAGCUGCUUGGAAAGCAGAGACAGAGCAAUUAUAAGUUCAAAGCCAGCUUGAACAACUUUUACCCUGCCUCAAAAUAAAAAGGACAGGGAUAUAGCUCCGUGGAUAUACCUCAGUGCUGAGCGUGCAUGAGGCCUAGGAGUCCCAUCUCUACCAAAAAAAAAUGAAGGAUCAUUUUGUUAUAUUAUCCACAGGAUAUUCUGUACUUUAUGGAAUCACUCUUCAUAAUAAAAGUGUUUUAAAAAAUCAAAA